UUCUCCUCCCCUCCCGGCGAGGGGCGGGAGGGGGCGUGGCAGGGCCGGGGUUUGUGUGGCUGGGACCCGGCUCCUCGCACUCCGAGUCCGCCCGAGGAGCCGGGCCCCGGCCGCUGUCCAGCCGCUCCGUGCCCCUCGCGCCCUGCUCCUCAGCCUCUCGGGGAGACGCUGCCACUCGCUCGUCAUGGAUACCUCAAGGGUCCUGCUCUCGGCCGUCUUCCUCAUCAGUUUCCUAUGGGAUUUGCCCGGUUUCCAGCAAGCUUCCAUCGCAUCCUCCUCGUCGUCCGCCGAGCUGGUCUCUGCCAAGGGAAUGCGAAGCCGCAAAGAAGGGAAGAUGCCGCGGGCGCCGCGAGAGAAUGUCACGGCCCGGGCACCCCUGGAGCGCCAGGAGCCACAGCCAAGGCCGCAGGAGGAGCCCCGGCGGCGACCGCCACAGCAGCCCGAGGCUCAGGAGCCUCCGGGCAGGGGCCCGCGCGUGGUGCCGCACGAGUACAUGCUGUCAAUCUACAGGACUUACUCCAUCGCCGAGAAGCUGGGCAUCAAUGCCAGCUUUUUCCAGUCUUCCAAGUCGGCCAAUACGAUCACUAGCUUUGUAGACAGGGGAUUAGGUAAGUGGCAAAGAAGACGCCGACUCCUUUCCCCAUGGAGCUCCGCAGCGAGGGCGCUGCUCGGGCUCUGGCAGGAGGCUACAUUUGUGAAUCCCCUUCCCGCUCUGGACACCUCCCCUUUUCUUUUCUUAAACUGUUUUUCUCAAGCCCAAGUGAGUUUCCGAAUGCGGCUGCAGAUCUUAUUCCAGUGUGCAAUCCUCCCCGCCUCGCUUUCUUCAUUCCCUUCCUUCCUUUCUCCCUUCCUUCUUCCUCUUGCCUUUUGCAGAAAGCAGCGUAGGGGCCGCUUGUUUGGUGGUUGGUGGAGGAAGCGUGGAGGGCAGGAGUUGGCGGACUGGAGCUGCGGUGGCGGCCCCGGCAGCCCUGGGGCCUGGGUGAGCGUUGGGAAGCCCCGAGCUCCCGUCGGCUCCGGGAAAAGCCGGCAGAAGCGAGUUCCGCGGUCCGAGGAGCGAGUCUGGCAGUGCCCCGGCCCAGCCGCUGCACGGGUUCUCCGCUUUUCCCCGCUGGGUGUGGGCAUGGUCAGCCGGGUCGGAGCUCCGCGCCGAGCUCCGCGCCCUCGGACUUUAUUUUUCGCUCCAGCAGCGCGCUCUCGGCCACUCCGGGGCCGCAACCGAGUCAUUCUGCAGAGGCAGUGGCAGCAACCGGCAGGGGAGCCCGUCUUUGGUCCCCGGCGCCGGUGCUUGUGUGAGCGUCUGCGGAACUCCCUACGCCCCCUCCUUGCCACCCGCGUUGGUCUGCAGCCUGGCGAGUGCCUUGGAGAAAACUCGCGCUCCCCUGGGAUGUAUCACAUUGCCAGUGUGUGCACCUGCAGCAUGGGAAGCUUGGACCUGCGGGCAAGGGCGGCCACCCCCAUGCAGACGGCCUUCGCCAGCCGCCAUGGCAAGCGGCACGGCAAGAAGUCGAGGCUGCGCUGCAGCAAGAAGCCCCUGCACGUGAACUUCAAGGAGCUGGGCUGGGACGACUGGAUUAUCGCGCCCCUGGAGUACGAGGCCUACCACUGCGAAGGCGUGUGCGACUUCCCGCUGCGCUCGCACCUGGAGCCCACCAACCACGCCAUCAUCCAGACGCUGAUGAACUCCAUGGACCCCGGCUCCACCCCGCCCAGCUGCUGCGUGCCCACUAAACUGACUCCCAUCAGCAUCCUGUACAUCGACGCGGGCAAUAACGUGGUCUACAAGCAGUACGAGGACAUGGUGGUGGAGUCGUGUGGCUGCAGGUAGCGGCGCCUUUCCCGCCGCCUUGGCCCGGGACCGCAGGGGAGGCCUGACUGCAGAGAGGCGGAGGAGGAGCUGGCCUCGGAGGAGGCGGGGAGCGGGGGAGCAGCCUGGACACUCAGCCGGGUGGGAGACGAGGGAGUUUCGCCUCCCCAGAACCUUCCACCUGCCAGCCCAGAGGGUGAGACGGAUUUUCACACCUUGCCCGGCCACCCUGGAAAAACAAGCCAAGGAGGAUUUCUUUAGUUUGUGUCUCUAUUAUUGUGGCUUUGGAUUUCCUUGUGUGUCUCAGAGGUUUUGAUAGGAGGUGGGGGGCAAGGGAGAUGCAUACCUGUUUCUCAACUGCUCCAUGGAUUGAAAAAAUAAUAGUUUACGAAGGGAAACUGUGGGAGGAAGAAUCACCUUUGACCACAUCCCGGUCUGAUUGUUUUCUACCUAUGUGAAGAAGGCGGGGUCUUUCUGGCCGUGUCCUAGCCGGUCGGUGCCUUGUGACCUCCCCAGCAGAGAGCUGUUAAGGUAGAGGACUAGGAAAGCCAGGAGGGGUGUCCUGCCUUUAGAAGAGCUUUGUGAGCGAUGGGCCCACGUGGGCCUUUUCUGCUUGCUUCUGUACCCAACCCUGCCCUGGCCUCUGCCCGUAUAGGGAAGCGGCAACCCGCAUCUCACUCCAGGGGGCUCAGGUCACUGCCUUUACUGUUGCUUUUUCUGGGGGAAAGGGGAGCUGGUAUGGAUGGAAUGACAAGAAUGAGUCCAAAUGGAACCCCCUGAAGGAUAAUGAGAAACCACAAGGCCUGCUGCUGAUGGGCUGACGUGCAGGUGCCUUAGCCCGGGCUGGAGGUAACCCGUGGAAAAGCCCUUCCUCCUGUCUAUUUCCCGUAGAUUUCUUUGAACGGAACUGGCCCAAAUUCAGACAUACCCCUAUGAAGAGGAAGGUGAUUUCCCAUUUAAACAAACAAAAAAAUGAGUAGGGAUGGGGAACUGUAGAAUUAAGGUAAAAGGUGCAGAGGAGAGCAAAAUGCCCCAAGAAGUAGAAAGGUGCAGUGAGGGGGUGUUGUCUCCCGCCCCCCAGGGAUGGGGCUAGAGAGACCGGUCAGGAGUGGGGAGGAGAGGGUUCUGAAAGGAGAAGCAAGUCCUUGUCUCUGAAGUUUCUUUCAAAUCUCUGUUCCCUCCCCUCUCUCUGACAUUCCUGAAAGAUUACCAGCCAGCAAUAGCCCAGGGCUCCCCCCAAAGAAUUGUUUCAGAUUGUAAUUACCAGUUAGGCAAUGUGUUUAAAACUUAGUAAUGAGAAACUGUGAGAAGAGCAAAGUGUUACAUUGAGCUUGGGCUGGGAGUUGGGGAGGGUGGUGAGGAAGGAGGCAGGGGUGGAAUUCAUCUUCCGGAAGCAGGCGAGAGCCUGGUGCAAGUUAAACCCCAUCCCCAGGUUGCCAAAACCCCAAACUUUCCCCCAGCCUGCACCAGUAUUAUUUUCAAACAUUGCUCAUCAGUAGGCCCUUUGAAGAGUUAGCUUCCUUCUCAAUUUUGACCAUAAAAUGGUUUAAACAAGGGAACUUGUACCAACCAUUACAUAAAGUUUUUGUUUUUCCGAAGUGGUUUUGCUUUCUCUCAAUCUAAACCUGUUGCUUGUUUGGUUCAGAGAACUACAAACUGUCCAAGAAAGGGUGAGAAUGAGAAUAAAUGCUAAUAUAAAAUGCUAAGUGGAAAAAAAAAAGAGAGAGAGACUUGGCCAGGAGAAAUAAUUUAAAAUGCACAUUUGCUUUGGAUGCACUGUUGUUCUGUUAAGGCUGUAUAUAUUUGUUUAUUUAAGGUGACUGAAAGUGCAAGAGGAAGUGAACAGCAUGCAAUUCAUCUUAAUGUACAAAACGUUAUAUGCACUCAAAUGUUAUAAGUUCUAAUAUUUUUAAAGUUUAUAUUCGAGUUGUACAAAGUUAAGCAUUAAUCAGAUAUUUCAUUCUUUCAUAAUGUUAUCAUUUUCUUAAAUAUUAUUACAAAAUUUUAAGUCUGUCUAAUGGAGAGGUUUUUUUUAACUGUCUACCUCACUAUAAUACAAGUAUUUACAACACUAAAGUUACCAGAAGUCAAUGAAUAUUCAAAACAUUUUUUACAGUACACUUUUCCUGGAUGAUACGCAGUCUAAUACUGUAUUAUUAAACUCAUUUUUCCCUCUUAA